AUGAACAUUUCAAAUGAUAAAAAUAUUUCAAAAUUAAAUAUUAAAAAUAAUAAUGGAUUUGGUAAAAGUUCUAAUAUUUUUGAUAUGGUUGCAGGAACUCCAAAUAAUAUUUUUGAUCCAUAUGAUAUUUGUUAUGGAGAAAAAAGAAGUAAUCAAGAUAUAAAUGAUUCAAUGAUAUCAUUAAUAAAUAAUAUUUCAAAUUUAUAUCCAUUAAUAAUUGGAUUUUUUACAGUUUUCUUUGAAAAACCAAUAAACUCAACAAUUGAUUCUGAAAAAUUAAAAAUAAUAAUUGAAAAAAUGUUAAAAUCUGACAAUUCAACACAAGAGAAAUCAUUAAAAACAACAAAUCAAUGGAUAAAUUCAUGUGUAGAAUUAAUGAUGAAAAUUUAUGAAAAUUCAAAUGAUUUAAAAAAACUAUUAUUUGAAAAAAAAGAUAAACUUUUAAAUUCAAAUUAUAAAAAACAUGAAUUUGGAGAAACAAGACAUAUUCUAGAAACAAAUAUAGAGAAAUUAGAAAAAUCAAUUCAAGAUCUUUUAAUACUUUUAUCAAAUUCUUUAGAAAAUAUUCAUGAAAAUAUUAAUAUUUAUUUUGAAUCAAUUUUAAUUUAUAUUGCUUUUAUUCAUAAUGUUGAUUUGUUAUGGGAAGUUUAUGAUAUUGAACCAAUUUUAAUAACUGGUGCUAAAAAAUCUGAUAGAUUAAGUGAUGAAAAUGUUUCAUCGUUUAGAGAAAGAUUACAUGUUUUCAUUUCAUCAUUUUUAAAAGAUGUUGGUAGAACAUCAGAGAAAACAAUGUUAAAUCCAUGUUGGAAUGAUAUGUAUAAAGUUUUAUGUGAAGAUUUAAUUUUAUAUCCACAGAAAUUAAUAAUAUUCAAUGAAUUAAUUACUAAUACUGAUAGAACCACCGGUUUAAAACAAUUCAAUUUACCAGAAAUUAAUAAUCAAAAUUAUAUUUUCAGAUUUGAUGCAAAAUAUGUUGGUACUGAUAAUGAAAAUAAUAAAUUAAAAGAAUAUAUUACAAAUUGUUAUGGUAUGUCAUUCUAUGGUAGUGGUAUUGGUAGUGGUGGUGGUGGUGGUGAUAGUGGUAGUAGUAAAUUAUCAUUCAUAUUAGAAUCAAAAACCAAGAAAUUCAUAUCCAUUAGAUUAUAUGGUAUGAAAAAUGAAAACAUUGAAAAUAUAAAUAUUAAUAUUUUCAAUUGUGAUGAUAAUAAACCACAACAAUUGUUGGUUGAUCAAGAUACUAUCAAACCUUUAACAUUACAAUUAUCAAAUUAUUUACCUUCAAAUAAUAAUUUAAACUCAAAUUUCGUUGGUUUCACAAAUACAAAAAAAAUUAAAUUAAACAAUGUUAAAAAUUUAAUUGAAUUUAAUUUUAAUGGAAAUGAAAAUAAAAAAUAUUUCUUAUACUUUAUUGAAAUUUUAGUAAGUUAUCAAAAACAAUAA